UCCAUCGACAUAUCUUGAAUUUGAUAGAGAGAGAGAGAGAGAGAGAGGGGAAUCCAUGCUUGACUCUCAAAUGUUAAGGUGAUGUUUUCUCUGUGCAGAUUAUUAACGGUUGGAUGAUAGUAGUAGAUGUAGCCAAGACCAAACCAUUCAGGCAAACAAGAAGUCAACCGAGUUCCAGGUUCUAGAAACCAGUCUUAGCCCUUAGGUGAUACGAGCAUGGGGACUGGAGAUGCUUCAGGGCAAGAAAGAAAAGGCAUGCAGUGUCAUGUUUCAGACUAGAUCGAGGGUUUAAGAGGGUGUAGAGUGCCCAGCUAUUCAAGAUAUAGACGUUUACCCUCUAUCCACAUUUUGGCUGUAGGAUUCACACAUUCACUCAUAUUCUGUAGCUGCCAAAAUUAUCAGAAUUGGCAUUAUUUUUGCUUAAAAAAAAUUCUGAUGUUGUAUAUCUUUUGAGUUAUUAUCUUUGGUAAGAACUUGAAGCAUUCUUUGUGUUUGGGCCUUGUGAGUUACACACAACAAGAUUAUGUCUUCCUCAGCGUAUUUGGGAAGAUAGACCUUUUCCUGAGACCUUCCUUGUAUAAAUUGCUUAAGAUCUUCCUUGUAUAAAUUGCUUAUUAUGUUAUAUGUAGUCAACAGGUUUUGAACGGGGAGAAGGAAGGACAUCUUGCAUCUCUGCGAGUAAGCAUUCAAGAGACUGUUGCGAGAACGCAACUACAUUCUGUGGAAAUCACAGUUUGAGGCUUUUCUCUCUGGUCAAGGUCUUCUCGGCUUUGUCACCGGAGAUUUCACUGCGCCGGUAGCAACUGUUACUGUUCGUCAAGAUGAAGGGAAAACCGCUACUGCUCCAAAUCCUGACUACCAAGCAUGGAACCGUUCAGAUCAAGUUGUCAUGGCGUGGCUUCUUGGUUCGUUGUCUGAAGAUAUUCUCAGUGUGGUGGUUGGAUCUGCAACUUCCUAUGACGUGUGGACUAAUCUUGCCAGCCAUUUUAACCUCGCUUGAGACCUCCUUAGAUGCUGUUCCUGAACCAACUUAUGAAGACAUUGUGCGUCGUCUGAAAGGCUAUGAUGAUGACGGGCUUCAAAGCUAUGUCACCGCUCCAGAGGUCUCUCCACAUUUGGCUUUCUACACAACUAACUCUGCAAACCGAGGUCGUGGCAGGUCUCGAGGACAAGGAGGUAGAAACCGCAGCCGUGGGAACUUCUCAACCCGGGAUCGAGGGUUUCAUCAGCAGUUCAGUUCUGGUAAUCACAGUUCAUCAUCCUCUGGAGAACGAUCCACAUGUCAGAUCUGUGGGAAGCAAGGUCACCAAGCUCUGGAUUGUUGGCAUCGAUAUGAUGAUAACUAUCAACAACAAGAAGCUGUAGCUUCAGCUCUGGCUGGUUGGCAUCCUGAUAGAGCUGCAACAGCCAAUAUCACAGAUUCUACUCAGCGCUUGCAGCAAGCUCAGCCAUAAUAUGGUUCAGACACAGUGAUGGUAACUUUCAAAAUCAAAUACCAUUACUAUGGUUCCUUGGUUAAUGAGGAGGACAAUCAAAAUCGCAGAGUAUUAUCUCAUUUUUCAAAUACCAUUAAUGACUUAUCAUCCUCUUCUAUACCCCCACAAUGUAGAUUGUAAUGAUGCUAGUUCUUCUACUGGCUGGCUAUGUACAUUUUCUGAUAGAAGAGGUUAUCUUGAGUA